CGCGCACCACCAUGACGAGCAUCUUCGUAGCGGCCACAGUGCCCAGCUACGCAGAGGAGCAGCUACGCGUGCACCUCGGCUCGCUGGCCACGCUGCCCGUCGCCGUGCCCGCAGCAGCCUCAUUUACCGGCGAACCCGCGCAUCCCUCCCCUCAGCUCUCGCACGCGCUCGGCGAGCUCAACACGACCAAGCCGCCGUCGUCGAAGCAACUCGCCAGCAUUCUAAAUGAGCUCACGCAACCCUUGCCUGCCGGUGAGGUCCGAUCGGCCGCCACGCUCGAGGCCGACGCCGCUGCCGAGGCAGAGAUCAUCACCCGCGCCCUGUCUGUCAUCUGGGCGCAGGUCAUGCAAGCGUUCGUCGACGGCUCGCUCCAGCUCGAAGAAGACCGUGUGUGGUGGGACACAUCGCUUAACAGCCGGAGCGGCGUGCUCGUCUACUUUGUCCAGUCGCUGCCAGAACGCGUGUGGAAUGCCGUCAAGGACUCGCUGCAGUCCAAGAAGAGCUUCUCAGUCCACAGCGUGAAGCAAGAUUGGCACAACCUCCGCGUUCCGUCCCUCACCUCCCUCUUCAGGCCGCUGCACGACGCCUCGGCCGUCCUCAGCUCGCAGCUCACGGCGUUCCAGUCGCCUCUGGAGCUCACCCGCCGCGAGAUGCUGGGCAACAAGGCGACUUUGGGUCGUGCUAGGGACCAAUCAGCAUCGCGAAUUGGCCAGUUGGCGGAGCAGGGCCCCCACUGGGCUCUGCAGUCCGUGUCGACGUCCGAGGCGAGCACCGUCACCCCCACCGAUCUCAUGGCUGAGGCUACGAGGCUGUACGGCGUGCUGUGCUCCGUGCUCGACGUGCCGACCCCCGUUGCCCAGACGGCGACGUCUUCGCGCCGGAGACCAUCAGCCCCGCCAUCACCAGCUGCUGUUGCGACACCCACGACGCUCCUGGCGCUGCUCAACACCUACAUCCCCAAGUCGAAGCAGCAGCUCACUUCCACGCUGCAGAUCUACGGCCGCCCCUCGGUCCUUACCCGCCUGUGGUUCCCAUUCCUGUUCCUCCCUCCGGCACUUUACUGGGCUGUGAGCGCCCUGGUCCGCAACAAGGACUGGGUCAAGGAGCAGGUCGUGAAUGCCAAGGAGACCAUCAAGGGCUUCGUUGUCCAGUGGAUCUGGGAGCCGAUCGAGGGUAUCGCCAAGACGAUGCGCGGCGGCGGAGAGGGCCUCGACGUCGCCCCCGAGACUGUCAAGGCCGACCAGGAGAGUCUCGAGCGUAUGGUUGUCGACCUCGGGCGCGACUACUACCACCUCUCUGGCCCACAGCUCGACCAGCUCAAGGCGCAGGUCGAGAAGGGCGACAUGGAGUCGGUCCUGAAGGUGUACGAGCAGGAGUUGCAGCACCCCCUGCGCAACGCGCUCACCGGCAACCUCAUCCGCACGCUCCUGAUCCAGGUUCAGAAGACCAAGACCGACCUCUCUCGCGCACUCCUCCAGCUUGACCACCUUCUCCGCUCCCAGCAGCUGACAUUUGCGUUCGUCGGUGUCGCCCCCUCUGUGCUCGUCGUUUAUGCACUGUGGGGCUGGCUGCGCGGCAUUGUGCGCGGCGAGAACCGCGGCAAGGGCCGGCGGCGACGCUACUUUAACGGCCUGCGCGAGGUCGAGCGGCUGCUCAUCGAGUCGCCAGAGGACAACUCGCGCAUGUCUGACCGGGACCGCGGAACCCUCAUUGUUUCCGUCUCGGGGUUGCGCACAUGGGCUGCAGGGAUCACAUCUACGCGACGCGAAGGGUUCCUGGACGACCUGCGUAUGGUCGAGAACCCGGCGCUGGGCCGCGACGACAAGCUGCGUGUUGUGGAGCGGAUCUACCGGUGUUGGGGAGUGGACGGGCGUGGGACUGGAGCAUAAACAGUGUAGCCUGCCGAGUGAUGGCAUAUACAGAGUCUUGGGUCGUGAUUGUGAU